CCAGUUACAUUUCGUAUUCGACAUGAGGGGACGGCUCGACCCGCCCAUUCAAGGCUGGCUGAUCUCUGGCACGCUUUUGUUCAAACUCAAGUCAAGCAGGGUUUCAAUUUGCUCGGACGGGACUAUGGGGAGAAAGAGGAGGAAGAAUCUUUUGAGUUGCGCAACAAGGAGGAUCUGACCUGCAACGGACGUGGUCCACUUGAGGUGACUCUCUCUCAGCCGACUCGCACAGCCAAUGGGACAAACGGACACAGUCUGUCAGAGGUUCCUGAUGAGAUAAAGAGUCUGAUCAUAGAGAAGAGCAAGAUGGGCCUGGAAGAAGACCCCGAGCUGCUGGUCAAAGGCUGGCUGUUCCGGGAGGUGCGUGGAAGCUGGAUCAAGCAGCGGUGCUACUGGUUUGUACUGAGCCAGGACACCUUAGAUUACUACAGCAGCUCAGAGAGAGGAGCCCGCAGACUGGGAACGCUGGUACUCACCAACCUCUGUUCUGUCAUCUGGCCAGACAAACAGACCUUCAAGGAGACAGGGUACUGGAGCAUCACAGUGUAUGGGCGUAAGCACUGCUACAGGCUGUACACCAAGCACUUCAACGAGGCUGUGCACUGGGCCUGCGCUGUCCAGAAGGUCAUCGACACAAAAGCCCCCGUGGAGACGCCCACUCAGCUCCUGAUCCGAGACAUCGAGGAGAACAAGUUUAACCCUGAGGUGGUAGAUAAUAUCUACCAACACAACCCCAUCCUGAAGCACACCCAGAGCCCCCUGUAUGCCCCCCUGCUGCCCUUCCCUUACGGCAGCCUGGAACACACCUACCACAGCGGUAAGGGCUACGCCACGGUGCGGGAGGAAGCGGUGAAGCUCUUCAACUGUCUGCAGCAGCUGGAGUGCGCGCGGGACCCGGUGCCUCUGAUCCAGGGCGUGCUGCAGACCUGUCUGGACCUGCGGCCGCUCCGGGACGAGGUCUACUGCCAGCUGGUGAAGCAGACCAGCUGCACGCCGCAGCCCCACACCGCCGCACACCUCCGCUACUGGCAGCUCCUCACCUGCAUGAGCUGCACCUUCCUGCCCGGCCCCGCCGUGCUUAAAUACCUGCGCUUCCACCUCAAGAGGAUCCAGAGCCAAUUUCCGGACUCUGAGAUGGAUAACUAUGCGUCGUUCAUCGGGGAGGCUCUGGAGAAGACACGGUGCCGGGAAUGUGUUCCCUCCUGGGAGGAGAUCCAGGUGUUGAUGGGGAGACAGGAGAUGCUGUGUACGGUUCACUACCCAGGACCAGGCUCCUGUCAGCUCCACAUCAGCUCACACACCACCGCCAACGAGGUGGUGAGGAGGAUGUUGGAGAAGCUGGGUCUGAAGGAGAGCAGAAACACGUUUUCUCUGUUUGAGCAGAACGCCCACUGGGAGAGAGCUGUAGGGGGAAACACCAUCAUCGCUGACAUCCUCACCAGGUUUGAAAACCUGUCUGCCAAAGAGCCAGACUCAGACUCCCAGUGGAGGCUCUGCUUUAAACUCUACUGCCUUCUGGAUGCUGACGCCAUAUCUGUCGACAGCAUCGAGUACCUCUUCCUCUUUGAACAGUGCCAUGAGAUGGUGGUGCGAGGUCAGCUCCCAGCCUGUGAGGAGGACCUCCAGACCCUGGCUGCCCUGCGGCUUCAGUCUGUGAUCGGGGACUUCAGCACCCACUCCCCCUACCCCCCUCUGGACGAGCUCUUCCCCGGCCACAUGGUGGAGGCUCGGCUCCUCAUGCCCCCCUGUGUCCCCCCUGCCCUCCUCCCCACCACCCAGCCCCCGGCCCAGGGCUGCCCCCAGCGCUUCCCCGGGGGUCUCCUGGGAGGGGCGUUGUGGAACCAUACGGCCACUGCAGCCCACAAGCAGAAGGUGGAGCAGGACCUGCGGCUACGCAGCCGUCUGAAGGAGGAGGCUGCGGCCAUCAUGAGCACCAUCGUGGAGUGCUGGAAGGGCCUGGCCGGGUACAGUAGGAGGGACAGUAUGGCUGCCUACCUCACCAUCGCACGCCAGUGGUCUGGCUUUGGCUGCACACUCUAUGAGGUGGACUUCUAUAUUAGUUCGACAGGUAGUUUCUCUCAGAAGCUGUGGCUGGGUGUGGCAGCGACGUGUGUGUCUCUGUACAGGCAGGGCGAGGCAGAGGCUUUGGAGUCCUUCCCCUACGGACAGAUCUGCUCCUACGGCGUCUCCGACAGCAACACCUUCAAGAUCACCGCCGGCGACCGAGACCUGCUGUUUGAAACCACCAAGCUGACUGAGAUCAUGCAGCUGAUGAAUGCCUAUUUCAGUGCCAUCCGUUGCCAGCGUGGGAGGGGCGACGACGUGGUGAGCAUCACAGAGGGCACUGCCAUCGAGGUGGGCUUCCACCUCCCCCCGACACCCACCCCCACCCUGCUGGAGCUGCCCUCGCACCCCGUGUGAAGAGCGCCCCUUCCCCCUGUCCUCAGCUCACAUGCAGCCUCCUCCUCGGAGCCCAGCCCCAGCCUAGCGGACCCUGCGCCUGCCUCCUCCACCUCCUCCACUGGGAACAGCACCGCAGCCAAAACAAAGAGAGGGCUGUUUUUACUCCUCAUCCGUGAAUAUAAACCCUGCUGGGCUUUCCAACUGAAGGAGCGAGAAGGGGAGGAGCCUGUUUUGUAAGUGAGGCUAGAAACCCACAGAAACCAAUGUGGGUGCUGAUGAGGCGUCGCCACCUCCCCCAUCCUGCCACACAACCUCUGUUCUCACAUGGGAGAACCAGCACCCCGACAACGUGAAAGCUGUGGCUCAUCUCCUAGAACUCACAGAGCCAUACUUCAGGGAGACACACUGUUGCCUAGACACACGAGUUCAUUUACAGUUCCCCAAGCAGUUCCCCUGCUCCCCUAGAGACACGGAGCAGAGGACAAACUGCUUGAGGGAGCGCUGUGAACGUGCCUCUGCUAUGUUGUUCUACAUGUCGUGCUCUGCCUUUCCUAGAAUAUCCCUCAUGCAAUAGAAAGGGGGGGGGGGGGUGGAAUCAGACUGACUGACUCACACCCACACUUUCACCUCCUCUCUCUCUCUCUCUCUCACACACACUCUGAAAGAGUCCGUUUUCAUAAAGACCCCAGCCAGGCUUGCAUUACCUAGAACUGUUGAUGUAGCAAGCCGUGUGAACUGGAACCAGAUGAUGGAGCUCAGUAAGUCACUCUGGCUGUCAUGGACAGAACAGCUCCAGCUGGUACUGUCAGCUGGGUGGGAGAGACUACUGGAUGGGACACUUUGAUUGGACGAGAUGUUGUAAAGGAUCCAGCCCAAUGCUGUGUAACAGAAACUACAGGAUCUCGGGCUAUGAUUUGUCUGUUGUUUCUACCAAACACUCUGAUUUCUCCCCCUUUGUCAACUUGCUGCUUGCCCGAGCCAUCACCCCAUUAUGAAACUACGGCUAACACUUGAUAGGAGCCUUUGAAAUGUCUUGUCUGCUCAUUUUUAAUAGUUAAUUGAUCCAAUAUUGAUCUUAUAUCUAGGCUUAUACCUCCAAUUUAAGGGUGGAACUGUUAUUUCCCAGUCUCUGUUUCAGUGGGGAACAUAUUCGGUGUGGAUGGAAAUUAGAUAGCUGUUUUAAGUUCGCACUCUGAACAAUUGAUGUACUCACCUAACCCCCAGCCAGUAACAUGGACCAUCACAACCACACUGCAGACCCCUGUCUUUUCUCUGCUGUGCCUACAUACAGAACCAAUGCUGUCCUGACUAUUGAUGCGUUUAGUAUUAUUUAUGUACACACUUUGUGACACAUUUUUUUUUUUUAUUUAAUCCAUUUUGUAUGUCUUAAAUGAGGACCUAGCUGUUUUUGAGUUGUUUUUAGUAUGGCUUUGAAAUGAUCCCAUUAAUGUCUCGUCUAGAUCCAUUAGGUCACUGUACUGAUCAGCCAUGUGAUCCUAUAUAGCUUAAGGGCUCUAUUCAAUCCGUAUCGUGGAAGUUCAGCGUUACAGCGUGAUUGAAAUGUAAAGGCAAUGUUCCCGCAUUGGUGGAGACAGCAUUCACGGUAAGCGCUGUAUAAGUCUACUCAAUUGGAAAUUACCUUUCUAUCGCGCAAUCAGCAACACAGGUUGAAUAAAGUCCUAAGCUACUUUAUUGCCACAAAACCACAGCACAUUGCCUUUCUGUGUUCACUACUUGGCUGGUAGACUUUGUCCAAGUUCAUUAAAGUAACCAAAAAGUGGUGUUUGAGCAUUGACCAAAGAUAAGUUCUGCUGUAAGCUUUUUUCCCAGAGAAUACCAAAUGUUACACCCCAAUGUCAUUUAGACCAAUAGAAGUUUUAGUUAUGUUGUAAUACACUAGUCUAUUAGAAACCCCGGCUGUGGUGGGAUUUCAUUUUCCCUAACCCGCAUGCCCCUAUAUCUGGCAGCCAGACUUGGAGGUCUUCCUCAGGAGGAAGGACCCACCAUGGCACAGCCAGCCCUGCCCAUACGAUAUGCAGGCGGUCACUGUCCAGUCAAGCCGUCGCUUUUUAUACUGCAGCUGCAGGCAGCUACGCUCACGGUCUCCGAGAUCCCUUCACUAUGAAAAGGAAGACAGAGUCCAACCUGAAGCUCGCUUUGUUUAAAGCUUGUUUGUACACCGCAUGGUACCUUCUGUGUGUAAUGUGUGUCUAGUCAAUUGCACUAUUGUUUUUUUUAACUAACUUGGAUGUGCAAUAAGUAAACUAUAAAGACUGUAUGUAAUGAAUUAAAAAGCAGCACCAUUGUA